CUCUGUGUACCCGUUAAGCUGUAAACGUUUUGGGAGUUUUCAUCCCCGGUGGCGAAGUGGUUGUUACGUAUAACAGGAGAGAGAUUCGCAGCGGAGCGUGAACUCAACGCUUGAUUUGAUGGGAGACAACAGCUCUGUCACCGCCGCACCAUCUCCGUCGUCGGAAAAAACUUCCGCCAUCGAGGACGCACUUCUCAAGCAAUUCUUCGCAGAGGUCAGCGAGGUUGAGCGCGACAACGAAGUUAUAAGGAUACUUUCAUGCUUCAAGUUGAAUCCAUUUGAAUACCUUAACCUGUCAUUUGACUCAUCCAUUGACGAAGUUAAAAGGCAAUAUCGUAAGUUGUCUUUGCUAGUUCACCCUGAUAAAUGCAAGCAUCCACAAGCAAAGGAGGCAUUUGGUGCCUUAGCUAAAGCGCAACAGUUAUUACUUGAUCAACAGGAGAGGGAUUACAUUCUGAGCCAAGUUGUUGCAGCAAAAGAAGAAUUAAGAUCAAAGUGGAAGAAGCAGCUCAAAAAAGAUACUGCUAGCAAAUUGAAGUCAUUAGUUACUGAGGGUAAAUAUGACCAAGAACAUGAGCAGUCAGAGGAAUUCCAGCAGCAGCUUAAGUUAAAGGUUAGAGAAAUAUUGACAGAUCAAGAAUGGCGGAGGAGAAAAAUGGCAAUGAGGAUAUCUGAAGAAGAAGGUCGCUUGAAGAAAGAUGAGGAAGAAACAAAAGAGAUGUGGAAAAGAAAACGUGAGCAUGAGGAGCAGUGGGAAGGAACUAGAGAAAAGAGGGUAGAUCUCUUCCUGAUAGCUGCUUGCUUUUUCUUCGUCUCAUCAGGUGUCCAGUUGGAGGGAUUUCAUGAAGGGUGGGAAAAAGGCUAAGAAAGGAGAGAUUCGGCCUCCAAAGCUUAAGACAGAAGAUCCCAACAAAUCUUAUGUUCAAAGACCUGUUAAAAGAGGUUAACUCAUGUACUCUGAUGGGUUUUUACUGCUUCCAUAAUGCCAUGAAUCCUCAUUGAAAGCUUGAAGUGGCUUCUUGAGUGUAAGCUUCAACCUUGUGUAAAGUUGUAUUUGUUAAAAAGCUAAUUAUUGAGCAGCAAAUUACAUUUUGCUCUCCAGUGUUGACCAGGUAGUAGAAAGCUUCUGGAAUUAUGUUCUGUGCACCAUAUUAGUUCAUCAGACUUCAUAGAAGAGAGAAAGAGCAGGGUAAUUUUACUGCUUUAGAGAA